CAUGAAGGCCUCAACUGCCACAGCAGGUUUCGUGGAGGGGGAAGAGAGUCUUCAUUUGGGCUUUGUCAUUAACAACAUCUCUCUCAAUAGCAUAGGCGUAUAUCUCGAUAAUAGUACACGCGAGGCAGUUAAACGUUAAUGUUUUUUUUAUGAUUAUAUGUAUAUAAACCCGUAACGUAGUCUAGCGCCGAGGUGAUACAGCCUACACAAAAAUGCUCCAGUCUCUAGCUAGCAAUUCGUGUGUGCGGUUGAUACAGAGUCACAAAUCGACGUGGUAUUUUGUGUCUCUGCUUCUGGGGUACCUGCUUUAUCUCAUAUUUGGCGCUGUUGUGUUUUCUUCUGUGGAGCUGCCUUAUGAAGACCAGCUACGUCAGCAGCUGAGGACAACUAAAAAACAGUUCCUCCAGGAAAAUGAAUGUCUUUCCGAGGAGCAUCUCGAGCGGUUUCUAAAGAAAGCCCUGGAUGCCAGUAAUUAUGGGGUGUCCAUCCUCAAUAACGCCUCCGCUAACUGGAACUGGGACUUCACCUCUGCGCUGUUCUUUGCGAGCACCGUGCUGUCCACCACAGGAUAUGGUCACACGGCUCCACUGUCAGAUGGCGGGAAGGCUUUCUGCAUUAUCUACUCUGUGAUUGGCAUCCCCUUCACCCUCCUCUUCCUCACGGCUGUGGUGCAAAGGAUCAUGGUGUACAGCACACGGAGGCCCAUCAUGUACUUCCAUAGGCAGUGGGGCCUGUCCAAACCACUGGUGGCCAUCGUUCAUUCCGUUCUGCUCGCCGUGUUGGCCAUCUCUUUCUUCUUCCUCAUCCCCGCUGCUGUCUUCUCCGGGCUGGAGGAGAACUGGAACUUCCUGGAGUCCUUCUACUUCUGUUUCAUUUCCCUCAGCACCAUCGGCCUCGGAGACUACGUGCCUGGAGAGGCGGUGAAUCAGAAAUUCAGGGAGCUCUACAAAGUGUGCAUCACCGUCUACCUGAUCCUGGGUCUGAUAGUCAUGCUAGUGGUGCUGGAGACUUUCUGUGAGCUGCAGCAACUGAAGCAGCUGAGGAAGAUGUUCUACCUGAAGAAGGAGAAGCCGCAGGACCGCCUCGCCAUUUUGGAUCACGACCACCUGUCCUUCACUACCGUGUCCAAAAGAGACACAGCCCACAACGAGGACAAAACCCAUCCGUUCGUUAGCGCCUCAACUCUGGUUUCUCCCAACGACGAUCCCAUGAUCCAGUAAACCUCAACAGAGAAAUCAUCAAUUGAAGAAUGAAAAACUCAAAGUAUGGGGUAAAACACGCAAAACUAUAAGUAGAUCAUAAGUCUCAGCUGUAAGCAUUCUCUAACCUGCUAAUUUAGUAUUAAAACUAGUUUAGACUAUUCAAAUGAAGCAAACAAUCUCCUUUACCCAACUGCUAUACUGACUAACACAGUGCUAUGCAGCACAGAUGAAACUUUUAGGAUUAAUAAGGGAGAAAAUUAAUAUUUUAAAAGCGACUAUAAAGACAAACUCAGUGAUGAAAGAAAAGACUUCUGCUGUAUUUGUGGCUCACAGGAGUUAAAUUCCUUUAUGAGCUUGAUUAUUUAUUACAUAUUUAGGAACAUUUCAGAAAGUAACUGAUCUCUUGUAUCUAGCUAAAAUAUUGGGCAAUUUUCUGUAGUCUGUCACAACAUAGUGAACUUAUACAUGUAUGUAUCUUAUAAAUAGAGAUGCUUGACAGGUACAAAGUAUGUACAUAAUCAGCUCAAUGUUUUAAGACGUACAGUAUAGUGCCAUCUGGAGUUAACACACCUAUUAAAGAUGAGCCGAAGCGUAGCAAAAAAAAAAAAACAAAAACAAAAAAACAACCUCUAUAAGUAUUAUUUGAUUUUAGAAUUGGUUUUUAUUAUUCUUUCAGAUGGAACUUGAACUGGAAACUUUGUAAUGCACCAUGGCAGUGCUCGCUGCAAACUGCUCAAAGCUUGUUGGUGGUUAAGCUCUGACAUGCUUUAUUGGAUUCUUUUCAAUUGAACUGACUCCUAUUGAUUUUUUUAAAAAAGUUUUGAAAGUUUCAGGGUCUCGGUUUUUUCCACUGUGUAAUGUGGGUGGACUUAAAAAGAGGUUUUCAAAAUAGAUCAUAUUCAGAUUUUAAUAAACAAUAAGUGGGCCAUAAUAUUUGACUGUGACAUUAUGCAAAACCACAAGUUUCCCGAGAAGAAACGGUUUACACCACAUGUAAGCAGUUGUUUCAUAGUCUAAGUUUUGUAGCAUUUUUGUCUCAUCUUUGUAAAGGUGUUAACUCCUCUGGCUGCAGUCCACAUGGUCACAUUUCAUUGUGAGGGAAAAUAUUUGUCUGCAGAUGUGUGUAUUUUCUCAACAUGUUGCAGUGGUAUUUCAAAGUUGUCCACAUUUGAUGAUAAGCACUAUAACUUAUUGAUUUGUCUGAAUGGCUUAAUGUGUGCUGGACUGUGUGAAAAGGGCUGUGGGGUUAGUCUAGUUUAAAAAAAGGGAACCACAGAGGGCCAGUCGGCUCGUUGCAUUUUACUGUCAAUAAAAAGAGCUCAGUUUGCACAUGUACUGGAGCCAGGCAGGAGUACAGAUUUUAAACAAAGGAAAGUAAAGGGACUUGGUUCCAAAGAUUUCAUUUGUAAAAACAGGAAAUAUUUUUAAUGGAAAACAAUACUUUUGUUACUGUUGAUCUGCUAAUUGCUCUGAGCAAGAAAAGAGCAAGUUGUUGAGACUGCUUUACUGUAAUAAUGUAUAUUUUUGAAUAUGAAAUCAAGAUGGUUUACAAAAUUCUGUUAGGAAUUAAUGAAAUAAAUUCUGUACUCAAACCAGUAAGUUAGGGAAAUUCCAAAAGCAGCAGGAGUGCGGCUAAAACCUCCCAGUUCUGAUUAUCUAACACAUCAGUUUUUAAUCUGCUCAUCAUCCAAGGAUAACUUUCCAUAAUAGGAAUUUAAAGCAGCUGAUAUACACUUGCAAGUUUGUAUGAUAUAACACUCCUCUGUGUGUUUUUAGAAGUAUUUGUAUCUGGAGAAACGUGUUAUGACAGACACACUCAUUCCAUGCCAUUAUCCAUCCUUAAUAAGCUGUCUGCUGCAAAUAGACACAGACACACACAGUGUAGCAUACUGCUCUAAUGCAGACUUAUUUGUCAUAUGUGUUGUUUAGGACAUUCAACAGAAAGACAUCCAUUUGUUAUGAAUUUCAACAAUGUUUCAGUUUGUGUAUGGAGCUGAGGCUCAGACCUCAUCUUUCUGUACCACAGCACCACAUCAAGACACAUUCGCAGCCUUUUCUGAAGUCUUGAAUGUAAUGUUUUUGAUGCUGUUUGUGACAGUGAGAGUGAAAGCCUGAUCAGAGUGCAGCUGUUCUCUUAGCCUGAUAGUGACACGUCUGUUUGAAACGGUGUACACGGGUGAUCUGUGGCAAGGUGUCCUGACCGUUUACAAGGUUAGCUUUUACUGUGUCAUCUUGUGAGUUACUCACUGGUCUUUGAUAUUGUAUUUUUGAGAUCAGUGGGAUUGUAUGUCAUGUUUUCAUUUCUACACCAGUCUGGGCCUUCAUGUAAACUGUGAAGCAUUGAUACUGUUCAUGUUGUCUGUUGAUAAAAAGGGAGAACUUGAAAUCUGCCAGGUUGUGGUUCCUUUUUUACUGUGAGAUGUUUAGAUACAUCAGAUAGAUUGAUGUCAAGGCUUCAACCCUUCAGCGUUAUGGUCCUCGGCAGUGUUUCAUCAUGCACGUACACUUUAUCUUUGUCUUGAAGGGGUCAGUUAAAGGCACUCUGACAUUAUCUAUGCUGACAGAAAUAAUACAUCUGGAAUAUUUGGAACCACUGGUUUCUGUACAUAUCUCUUCAGCUGUUGUGCUACGUACUGUAGAUUUAUUAUGGACUGUUGAGUAUUUUUAGUGUUACAAUACUGAUAUUGUAAUACUGGAUUGCCAUGAAGCAUCAAGGUUUUAUGUAACAGUCAUUUCAGCAUAAGACGCGAAUCUAUGAACUGUAAAAUAUGUGUGUCUUAAAUAAAGUUGGUGGUUUGUUGUUACUUAA